AUGGCCCAAGACGCCCACAUCACGGCCACCAGCAUGCGUACCUCACUUGUGAGCGCUCUGCUCGCCGUGGUGGGCACGCAAUCGGCCGCGUGUGCAUGUUCAGUGUGGGACAUGACAGAAGUCGUGCGCGGACACGCGGUUUACGGGGGUCUGAGUUGGGACGGCGUGCUGUUUUGGCUCACCCCUGUCUUGCUGAUCGUGUUGGGAUGUUCCUGUAUCCGCCAAUGGCUCGAGCCAAGUCGCCCCCAAGCUACCUAUUUGCUCAUCUUGGCGGCCGUGGCGGCCUCGACAACAUUUUUUUCGCUGCCCCCUGCGAUAUUGCGCGUCGGAUUGAGUUUGUGCUGCUGCCACGAAGCUCUGUGCCCCGAUAGCGCUUCAAACGUGCCGCCUUUUGCCGCUGACGCCUGCGAGCUCGCCAUGGAAACCUGUACCAGUGGCGUGUACCGGCAAAUCCUACAUCUGGUCAGUGUGUGGCUGGCAAUUGUUUGUGUGAUGCACACGGUGACGAGUCAAUAUCGCGUGUAUGCUGGGCUGGCGACUUCCAGAGGGACCCGCCUUGCUACAUGCACGAGCCAACACAGCAGCGAUUUUGCACCCCUCGGGUCGACGCAACCGUUUAAAAAGGACAUCCUUUGA